AUGAACGUGGCCAGACAACUCUUCAUUUUUAGUCAUAAGAGAUUUUUGGGAAAUACUGUUAGGGGCCCCCAACCAAAGGAGAUCGCCAAAAAUGUAGAAUAUGCAAUGAACCUCUUUCACAAAAAGUCGUACACCUACCAAGACUUCAAGCAGCAGUGUGAAUCGCUACGAAUAUUUGUUUACUUCGGAUUGAUGGGUGUGUUAUCGUUGGACCUUUUAAUAAACCCCUUGAAGUCUUCCUAUUGGGAUCGCUUUUCCCCCAUGAACAUGUUCACAAGUGUUUUACACUUUUUCAAUAACAGCGAAGAUGAUAUUUUCCGGCACAACGGGAGCGCCCCCUACGAGCAGUACGUGCGGCUCAUUCGGUAG